AUGGGAACGAGCGAAGAAAAGGACGUGAGGCCGGGCUUUAGCUUGUCACGUCGGGCCGUGCCCGCAGCCAAGUCGAUGAUGAAUAUGUCAAAAUCACAUUGUGGCAUCGCCUCUGGUUCGCGCAAACGUCAACGAUCCAGGGCAAUGCUGGAACUUCCCUUGCCCUCCUUUUCUUAUGAUUCUGAACUUCUUCGUCUCGAAAAGGAGUUUCUCGGAGAGCCGGAUGAUAAGCGCUCUCGUGGGCUCCCUCAGAGAAACGAAGUGAGAAAAGACUCUCAGAUCAAAUCAAUCGAGGUCAUUCCUAAGCCUAAAUACGGAGACACGAUCGACGACAGCAGUGGCGACGAAAAUGACGACGUCUUCGCCACCCCGGCUUUCAAGCAAACUACGAAAGCCGAACAGGCAAAAGAAAUGAGACAUUCUGAACAAAUGGAUUCGUCAGCAAAGACGGAAAUACAGCAAAGUUCAAAAUGCAUUCUCCCUGCAAAACAUUCCAGUCACCUACCACCAAAGAGUUUCCCGUUUUCUGAUCCGAUAAAGGAAAAACGAAAUGAACAAAGUGGGGAUUUAAGAUCAAUUAUUAACGCCAUUGAUCAGUGCUAUCGCAAGGCAAACCUGAGUUCCGUAACGCUGAAACAGAUUUUGAACGAUGUUGAAGAUAUGCUAUCCGUUUCCCUGACAACUGCUCAAAGAACUCUGUGUAAAACGCGCAUUGUGGAAUUGAUACAAAGGAGCUCUCCUUUCCAAAAGGAAAGUGCCUCGUCACCGCAGCAAAGUAAGCCUUCUUUGCCAACAGAUGAUCAUAUACAAACUGCCGUUGAAGAUAUCUUUGCUCAUUCGGACUUGACUUGCACGCUCAAAGAUGUGAUUGCUGCUGUAGAGACACGAAUUGGAAUGGCUCUCCCAAAAGCUGCUCGUAAGCGGGUAAAAGACCGAGUUGUUGAGCUAGUCCAUCAAUUCCAGGUGAAAAAUCAAGAUAUUCAAAAGCACAUGACAUGUUUCUCCAAUGAGUCUGUAGAUUCGAAAAUUGGUGAAACAGCUAUAUCUACCCUCGUGUCCAGGCAAGCUCGACAGUCUGUAUCCGAACCACCCGAGAACAAUUCUGCAUCGAUAGAGCCUGUAGAAGCAGGCCAAAAAGUCGACAAAGAAGAUAUCCUGCAAAGAGUAUUUAGAUCCAUUAAUCACAGACCAGAAGAAAUUAUCAUCGGGUGCACCUUGGCAUGA